CAUCUGCGUGCUUGCAGCAGUGAGUGAAAAGAAAAGAAACAGUCGGCAUCAUGUGUUAGUGUAGAUUUAGGCAUUUGUCUUGUUUAGAUUUAUUUUACUAUCUAGUUGUUACUUUUGGUAAACUUUAACUUUAUUUUGGAAUUGUUUAAUACAUUUUAAGCAUGUUUGGUUUGUUUAUGUACAUUUUUGAGGUAAAAAAAGAAGUUUUGGUGGGCCUAUCACUAUCCGUAAUAUACCUAACCUACUAUCUAGUGGAAGCUGUCAAGAAACCUAUACUGAUAUGCCGAAAAGGUGAAUUUCGUGAAUUCCUAGAAGAGAAUGUGCCGUUAUUGAACGAGCAUUACUGGCCCACACCUUGGUGUCUGGAGUCACGCUUGCAGACAGUCAUCGGGUCCGUGCUACGUACUCGACUGCUGCCUGCAGUCAAAUAUCGCCGGGAGAUACUGCAGCUGUCGGACGGCGGACAAGUGGCGCUGGACUGGGCGGAGGGCGCGGCGGGCGCGGGCGGCGAGGGCGCCGUGCUGCUGGUGCUGCCGGGGCUGACGGGCGACUCGCGCGCCGACUACGUGCGCUGCCUGGCCGCCGCCGCCGCCGCGCUGGGCGCGCGCUGCGUCGUGUUCAACAACCGCGGGCUCGGCGGCCUGCCGCUCACGACGCCGCGGCUGUACUGCGCCGUGAGCCACGCGGACCUGGCGGAGGUGGUGGCGGCGGUGCGCGGGCGCGGGCCGCUGCUGUGCGCCGGCGUGUCGCUGGGCGGCCUCAUCCUGGGCCACUACCUGGCCGAGCACGGCGAGCGCUCCGGCGUGGACGCCGCGCUCGUGGUGUCGUCGCCGCUCGACGUCGUCAAAGGCUCGGAGUGCAUCGAGCGGCCGCCGCUGAACGCGCUGCUGUCGUACCACAUGGCGCGCAACCUGCGCAACACGCUGCGCGCGCACGCGCCGCUGCGCGCCGGCCCGUGGGACUGGGCCGCGGUGCAGCGCAGCCGCUCCGUGCGCGAGUUCGACGCCGCCUUCACCACCAAGCACUUCGGCUUCGGAUCGGUGGAAGCGUACUACCGCGCGGCGACACUGCGCGAUAAGUUGUCGAAAGUCCGUGUGCCUCUGUUGUGCCUAUGUGCUGCUGAUGACCCUUUCCAGCCACUCGAUGCGAUUCCCGUUCGCGAAGCCGAAGAGAGUCCGAGCGUGGCCCUUCUGGUGACGGCUCGAGGCGGGCACAUCGGCUUCCUCGAGGGCUGGUGGCCCACCAGCGCGCCGCCCAGCCACCACUACAUCGCGCGCCUGGCGCAGCAGUACUUCGCGGCGCUGCUGCGGCGCCCCGGCCCGCUGCGCGCCCGCGACCCUGCCCUCUCCUAGGGAGCGCCACGAUACGCAUUCUUGUGCAACCGUAUCGGAAUGCCGUUUAUGAGGAUGUGCUCUGAAUCACGGUAAUACUAUCAUACAGUAUUAUAACUUCAUGUAAACGGACGAAACGCGAGCUUUACUUCGAAAUUAAAAUCUCGGUAUGCGCUCGACAUGCAAAAGUCGGGGGUGUCGCGAAUGUGCCACAGUAAUAAACGGACGAUGUGUUGCUUUUUAAACAGUAAGCGCUCUUUUUUUAUAAAAAUAAUUACAAGUACCUAUUUAUACAGGGUGUUAGGUAAAUGGGUUUAUAAGCCGACACUAGCCCAUGUUAACAUAUAAAUGGUAUGGUGAAGUCAGUGAUAUCAUCAUUAAUUCUUUUUUAAUUUUCAUAUAAAAUAAAAUUUAUAUAAUCAGAUUUGUAUGAAAAUUAAAAUUAUUAAAAUGAUGAUAUCAAUUUUCUGACUCACCCAUACCAUUUAUAUGCACAAUAUGUUAACAUGGGCUAGUGUCGGCUUAUAAACCCAUUUACCUAACACUCUUUAUAAUAAUAACGCAUUUUGUACGAGACGCAUACAUUUUACGGUCGUUUUAUAAGAUUUGUUACUAAAUCUUAACACAAAUAUUUUUUUUUUUAUUAAAUCUACUAAUCACAAAACAACAUGCAUCUUUAUCCUAUUUCAUUCGCAAAGUAUUUUGUUUGUCAAAAUAAAAUAAAAAUUACAAUCACAAAAUACAUUCACAAAACUAGAUAGAAAUUCUAAGUAGGCAGAUGUAAUGAAAAUAAGGUCUGCGGGUGGGCAGCCCUAUCGCAUGUUGUCAUACAGUGACGUACCGCGCGACAUUUAUUUCAAAAAUAUGGCCGAGUUAGAAUACUGUAUAGAUAGUAUUACCGUGUCUGAAUUCCUCUUCGGAGCGCAGCGUCAUCGCUGUACACUUGGAAUUCCGCGCCCCUGACUCGUUCAUACGAAGUAUUUUAGAAAUAUUGAGGGCCUACCGCUGUGAGCGACGAUUUCUAUUUAAUGCAUCUGUUGAUAAGACCAUACUGAGAGCGGAUCGCGGACCGGACGCAAUAUAAAUGAAUUAAGGGCGUAGUUUAUCCAUUGCGAACAACAAUAAUAUUGUGAUAUCAUAGUUUAAGGGUUUGAAGUUCGAGACUUCGUCUCUUGGGUGUAAGUUGCGUACGCUGUUAAAGAAACGAUCCUGUACAAAUAAUGUUGGUGAAUAAUCAAAUCCAGCAGUAAUUUGAUUAUGCCUCUCGGUUCUUGAAUAUUUCAUGGUUUAGUGUAUUCUGGAAUUUGAGGAGAAUACAUCCUUCUUUCAAAGAUUUGUUGUUUUCACAAAAACACUUUUUGUCAGUAGCUGAGAUGCAUAAUUAAAGCAUUCGUUUUUAGACGGUAGUCGGUAACUUUUAAGUAAGCUUAAAAUGAUUCCAUAGUUUAUCAUAAAAAUAAAAUUCGAUACUUCGACAUGAUGCCAUACAAUAAGUUGCUGAUACCGUCCAUGGCAAAACUUAAUGAUAAUAAUUAAAUAAAAAGAGUUAAUAUUAUAUGGAAUUACGA